UACGUCGCACGACGCACUGGAGAGCUACCGCCACUAGCAGGCCUACCGCCUGCCUGUGGGGGAAAAAAGCGAAAAGGGCUGGGCUAAGAGAGGAAUCAAACCACAACCUGGGCUGCGCUUCCAUCACAAACCAGUUUGGGAGAAAGUAUGUUCUAGAGGAGAGGCUAGUGCAUAACAAGUCACAAACUGUGGCUCAAAACUCGGAUUUCUCUGCGCGCUAAACGUUAAGGAGGCAGCGUCAGAGUUUUGUAUUGGAGUCCAUUUUGAGGUGCUAAGGCUAAUAUAAUUUUCUGCAAGUGUAGUUAAUCGCGUUUGUUGUUCUGUAUUUGUGCUGGAUUUGUUUUUGUUUUGGUGUGCGCAAUGAUGGACACUUACCAAAACCCAGAGGAUGACGCAAUGGCCCUGAUGGUCCACGACACCAACACCGCGAAGGACAAGGAGCGACCGAAGGAGGAACCGGUCCAGGAAAAGGGUUCGGAGAAAACGGACCCGUCUCAAAAACCACCAUAUUCGUAUGUGGCUCUCAUUGCCAUGGCCAUCCGGGAGAGCACAGAGAAGCGCCUGACUCUAUCUGGUAUUUACCAGUAUAUAAUCACCAAAUUCCCUUUCUACGAGAAAAACAAGAAAGGCUGGCAAAACAGUAUCCGGCAUAACUUGAGUCUGAACGAAUGUUUCAUCAAAGUUCCUCGCGAGGGAGGCGGCGAGAGAAAGGGGAAUUACUGGACCCUUGACCCGGCGUGCGAGGACAUGUUCGAGAAGGGAAACUACAGAAGGAGACGUCGAAUGAAACGUCCCUUCAGACCUCCACCGACCCAUUUCCAGCCCGGGAAAUCCCUCUUCGGCGGUGAUGGGUACGGCUACCUGUCCCCUCCAAAGUACCUACAGUCCAGCUUCAUGAACAACUCGUGGUCGCUGGGCCAACCGCCCACCCCGAUGUCCUACACCUCCUGUCAGAUGGCCGGUGGCAACGUGAGUCCAGUAAAUGUGAAAGGACUGUCCGCUCCCUCCUCAUACAACCCGUACUCCCGGGUGCAGAGCAUGGGUCUCCCCAGUAUGGUGAACUCUUAUAACGGCAUGAGCCAUCACCACCACCCGCACGCUCACCAUGCCCAGCAGCUGAGCCCGGCGACCGCUGCGCCGCCCCCGGUCUCCUCCAGCAACGGAGGUGGCCUGCAGUUCGCCUGCUCCCGCCAGCCUACGGAGCUCUCCAUGAUGCACUGUUCGUAUUGGGAUCACGAGAGCAAACACUCCGCGUUACACACGAGGAUUGACAUUUAAAGUUUACCAGAGGGCCACUUGUAAAAUGGACUCUUGUGAGAGAAAGACAAUAAGUAAAUUCCUGUGUAUUCAAAACAGAAACAAAAUUAUUUUUGAAGAGACAAUACUAUGACGGGCUCUUUUGAUCCAAAUAAUGUACUGAACAUUCAUAUGGAAAGACAUCCAAGUGGGGAUGGUGAGAGAAUUUUCAAAAACUGUAAAUUGUGAGAUUAAGUGGUCACAACUAAGCACGAGGUAGCAUAACUUUUUGUUGCAUUGGACAGAAGGCCGUGCUAUUGUAUGUUAAAUUUGUCAAAUCCGACCAGUUCCCUUUUCACGGGGAUACGAAUUCCAUGAAAACAAAACAAACAAAACCCUCUCCCUGUCUUGGAAUUUUAAACAUCACCUGAACGAGUGAUAAUUGAAUUAGAACUCCUACGUAUUUGAACCAGUAUAGUGCACUGAGCGGACUCCAGCAAAACCAGGUGAAAUGUUGAUUCUUUAGCCUGUCUUUAUUAUUUUUAUUACCGUGUCACAGUUCUUACUCGGGAUACAGGUGGGGAGAUAGAGCACAGUCAGAAGGAGCAAUACCAAAGAUGUGUUACUUCGGGGGUCAUCGACUUUUUAGGCUUCGUGACCUCUGAUAGAGAUGGUUUGGUUUCCGAUAACAUUCAGUCCAGUGCCAGAUUUUUUUUAACCUUUCUUGUUUUUUAUAAUCGUAAUUAUUUUUGUCUCAUUCAUGUUGGGACCAUGUUAAAUUAGCACUUUUCCCUCUUUUUCUAGUAUUUUGAAUUUCUUAAUAAACUUGUAUUUCUUUCAACGUAAAACAUUGGUCAUUAAUUAAUCGUUAUUUUUUGCAAAAACGGUAUUGUCUAAACCACAAAUUUCAACAAUUAUCAACGAUAAUAUUAUGUUCAUUAUUAUUAUAAUGAAUAUUAUUAUUAUGUGGUCAAUCACUAAACAAAUGCAUGGCCGUUAUUAUCCGGCUUGCAACGUAGGCUUAGAACUAUACAUUCCACAGAUGAAGUUCAUUGGAAUUCUAUCCGUGAAAGUUGUUCACUUAGGUCUAAACCCGAAUGUGUAUUUUUGUCUUGAAAAUGUUCAUGUUAAAUUCCAGUUAUUUCAACAUUUUUGGCAUGUAAAUCCUUUGCGUAAAACAUCUCCAAAUAUCUAGCAGAUGCGUAAUAAGGCCUAAUACUUUUGUACAGUUUAGCUAAAGUUUAGUUUACUGGUAGUUGGUUGGAUAUUUCAGUUUUUUACACUAAAUAUAUAUUCUUCAGUUCGAAAGUAGUUUUGGAAAAUGCAAUUGAAUUCUAAACCAUUUGAACUGCUAAGCUAUUAAUUAGACCUUCAUUUGAUUCCAGUGCCAACCCUGUUGCUUAACACAUGAAAACACUGCGUGGCCUGCUCUGGGAACUUGCAUGCAUUACAACUUUUGGCCAAAAUGAAAGCGUGAACUUCUGCUUUAUCUGAAUAGUCUACAUUCAUUAUUAGAGUUACAAAAUACAUCUACGGCAACUCAUUUGUCAGCAGAGUGCAACAAUUGAAGAGAGAAAAUCAAAGAAAAAGCUGUGCGUGUUUAAGAAGACGUUGUGAACUUCAGAGGGUAUUUUGGCAGUGGUUGUUCCGAGGGCGAAUGCUUAGCAGAAACAGAUGCUGCAGAAGUUAAGGGUCGCCAUCCCAGUCAUUCCAUUUAAUCAUUAUCCCCAUAUGAUGUAGGCUAACCUCCAUUAUGUGUUUAAACGAAUUGUGGCUUCAGCCCAGUGAGCUUUUCCAAGGAGCAUGGAGGGCUUUCUCUGUGUGAUUAUCAACUGCUCAUGCAUAAUUGCUCAGUGGCACUUGAUUAUUAUUACUGUAUUAUUAUUAUUAUUAUAAAUGAAUGUUAUUAUUAUUGUUAUUAUGAUUAUUAUUAUGGCCUGUUAUUAUCAUUUACAAUAAGGUGAAUUUGGUGAACCAAGGAGUUUGGUCAUGGAUGAAUUCGAAAUAAUUUUGCCAUCCACCCUAAACAAAUGUUCUGUUACACUAUGUAGUUUACCAUUACUGCACGAUUCUUAUCUAACGAUUGCUUGGUUAUCAGUUGGGUUGUCCAGAUAUUCGAAUAAAUUAUCCUAAGGCAUGUUGGCCAAAUAUUUUCAAUUUAUAUAGCCUAGACCUUUAUUGGCUUAUCUGCUGGAAAUCAAGCUAUUUGUAUCCAUAUGAGCUAAGACCAUUUCUUACAUAUGAGCUAAGACCAUUUUUUUUUUUUACAAAUGAGCUAAGACCAUGUCUUACAUAUGAGCUAAGACCAUUUCUUACAUAUGAGCUAAGAUCAUUUCUUACAUAUGAGCUAAGACCAUUUCUUACAUAUGAGCUAAGACCAUUUUUUACAAAUGAGCUAAGACCAUGUCUUACAUAUGAGCUAAGACAAGUGACGUGUGAGUGGGCUGGGUUGAGCGCAAAGUAAUGGAUGGCACCAUACUGUUUUCCAACAUCUUUUGGUGUUGGAAGCCUCUAGGCAAUAUGUCGUGUCGUGAACGUUUAAAACGUAUUUCAGUCUCUACAAUCCCUACAUUUAACCGACCUACAGGCUACAAAACAAAUACAUCCGCCUAGAUUGAAACGAUGUUUCAUGUUGAUGCCUAAAUUGCUAUGGUCUAUCACUGGAGAAUGAUGUUAGAACUUUACACACGUCUAUCCAACCCUGUCGUUUUUGUCUGAACGCGCUGAAUCAGAUGUAGGCCUACGUGCACUUCCUCGUGAGGCCCAAGAGAGCGGUUGCCAACCCUUGGGGCAGUGACGCUCUUGAAAAGAGAGACGUGGUGACGAGUGAGAAGCUUUCAAUACACAUCUAUUCUCAACCCUCUUCCACCUAUUAUCCAUUUCGAACACACUCAGGUUCAUACUCGAAGAGUUAUCGGGUGACUAUCGUCUGGUUUAAAACGUUUUUACAAUGAUGAUAUAAGGAUUUUUAUACAUACAAGUUAGCACAAGUUGCCAUUAAUAUAUUAUAAGCAAAUACUUGUUUGAUUGAUAUGCUUUGUAUGGAUGCAAAUGUGAUGCGCACAGAGGAUAUUGUGACCCUUUCCUUAAUUCGUUAUUCAUUGUGCGGGCAAGGUGAGUCACGAAAAGAGUACAUGUCCAUGUCGUUUGUACGCUUGGAGAAGAUGAUUAUGAUGAAACUCAUGACUUAUUGACCUAUAUAGUGUUUUCCCAGUUAUAGUCUAUGCCUUGAAUCACUGUUGAUGAACAGCCAUUGUAUAUAAAGCAGUUAUCAUACUAUCAGCAGGUGCAUGUUUAUUAAUAGGCCUGGUGCCACUUUUGCAUCGUUUUACUUUCAGCUGAAGGGCCUCAGUUGAAAAGAUUGGUGUAACGCAUUAGCCCACCUUUGUAAUCACAUGUGUAUGAGGCAAAAUGUAGAUACAUGCAGCCCAACAGAAACCAUAAUGGUUAACGUUUUUAGCUUUCUGUGUGGGCGUAUUCCAUAACUGGAGAAUAGAUUUGCAUAUGAGCCUAUAUAGCGUAUUGAACUAUGUGUAUAGCAUCCCUCGUUUAAACACAGACAACCAAGCGACCAAUUUGUUAUUUUUAACCUAAACAAAUAGUAAUUUAAUGUAUUUUGAAUAUCAGAGAAUAAAUCGCUUCGACCCACAAACGAAAGUCAAUGCAUUUAGCCAUAGCCUAGAAUGGAGGAAAAAUGCUUGUUGUGAAAUGUCAUGUGUGAUUUAUGUUGUUAUAGCAGAAGCUACAUUCAACAAAUCUUUGUAGGAUAUAAAUAAAUAAACAUG